AUGGCGCCCCUCCUCCUCCUCUUCCUCCUCCUCCUGGGUCGCGACGCGUGGAGGUCAGUCGGGGCCUUGAUCUCUCCGCGGCGGCUGCGGCCGCGACCGCCUGCGCCUCCCGCUGCAGCCCGCGGCCCAAGAGCCCUCUGCGUCGGCCCGAAGCGGUCGCGCGAGGGCCCGGCGCGAGCGGGGAGCGCGCUGCGGCAGCUCCCACUGGGAGCCCCUGGCCUGUCGCCCUGCCGCCGCGCGCGCCCUUCCCCUCCGACGGGCGGGACGGCCAGCAGGCAAGCCUGGCCCCCUCCCGGCGACGACAAUGCCCCAGGGCGCGCCGGCGCAGAUAGGCGAGCGGCUACGACGAGGAGCGGCGAUGACCGCCCGCUGGGGUUCCUGUUGCCCGCGGGGGGGCUGCUGCUCGCCGUGGUGGCUGCGUGCUUGGCCGCGCCCGCGGUUUUCGGGGCGCUCGCUCCCGAGGCGGCCGAGCGGGAGGCGCCCGCGCGAAGGGCGCGCGGUGGCGCCACGCCCGCCGGCCUGCUGGACGGGCUGCCGAGCCUGCCCGAGCAUGCCACCAGCCGCGGCGCCACGGGCGUGCUGGCGCACCUCCCGCCGGCCGGCGUCGCCUCCUCUGCGCUGGGCGCGGGCCGCGAAGGGGGGCGCUAUUUCAGGUUACCGCCUGGGCAGAGCUGUGUUCAGCUCGGUCUCGCGAGCGUGGCGAGCUCCGAUGAGUGCUUCGGCGUGGCGUCGAUCUCUGCCGGCCUCCCGGGCAGAGGCACGCCCGCGCCGCCCGGACUCGGCCCCUGCGGCUGCGUCUACGACACGACGUCGGGCGUGCUCAUGUUUGCAGAAGACGGAUCGGCCAGCACGACGGGGCCCAGCUGGAGCUACGUCUGCCUCGGCGAGGCCGCCGCGUCGGCCACGGGCGCGAGCGACGGCGGCGAGGCGGCAGGGGCCCGGCCGCCAGCCCGGCGGGGGCCGGCAGCCGUGGCGCAGGGGGGGCCCCUGGCCAGGAGAGGGCUUCUGGAGCUGCCUACUCCUACCUGA